CUUCGGCCGUGCAGGUCACGUGUGGUGUGAUGUCACCGCAGGCGGGAGGGGGCGGGUACACAUCAUGGCGUCAAUGCAGAAGCGGCUGCAGAAAGAACUGUUGGCUUUGCAGAACGAGCCUCCACCAGGAAUGACCUUAAAUGAAAAGAGCGUUCAGAACUCCAUUACGCAGUGGAUUGUAGAUAUGGAAAGGCGCUCCAGGAACAUGUACGAAGGCGAAAAAUUUCAGCUUUUAUUAAGUUCAGCAGUCGAUAACCCUUUUGAUUCUCCUCAGGUCAUGUUCACUGGUGAUAAAUAUCCCUGUCCAUCCUCAUGGUAUAGCAAUGGUCAUAUCUGUUUAUCUAUUUUAACGGAAGAUUGGUCUCCUGCGCUGUCGGUGCAGUCAGUUUGUCUUAGUAUAAUCAGCAUGCUGUCCAGCUGCAAAGAAAAGAGACGACCUCCAGAUAACUCAUUUUAUGUAAGAACAUGCAACAAAAAUCCAAAGAAAACGAAAUGGUGGUAUCAUGAUGAUACAUGUUGAUGCCAGCCUCACGCCCCUCUAGAUGAAGAUUAAUCCUGCUGAAAAACAAGCACUUUGAUCCUUCAAGUCUUUGAACUUUUACCUUUUGACAAGAGGUGACUGAAUGAAAAGAAGACUUCUUCCUUUUUACUGCAUUUUUACUAGUGUGCAUUGUGACGCAUGUUGCUCGCUGUCUGAGCACAUGCAGCUGACAUGCUUUGUAAGUCACACUGGAGAAAUGCAGGUGUCGGGAUGAAAUUCCAUUUUACUUUCUCUUAUGCUUUCCAAGAUUUCCCAGGUCCUCAUGUAUUGUGCAAUAACACUUCUAAAUGCAUGGUAGGGCCUACUGGACGUGGGAGAAGAAGGAACACUUCCAUUACAUUGCCAUCCAUGACAUCGGGACACUAUGCACUGUUACUCAAAAAAAAAAAUGGCGGCAUGGCUCCACCUGAAGGACUGCGAAACAGGACCCCUGUAUAUUUAUUCUCUUGUUUCCUUUGUCAGGUUAUUUGUGAAUGUAUUCUGAUGAGUGCAAUGAACCGGUACCGCAAAAUAAAUCUCAGACCCAGGAGGUGACAUACCUAAGUUGUAUAUAGUAUAGAUAAAAGCGUGUGUGAUAUCCUAGGCUUUAGGCAAAGCGUACCUGCUGCCUAUAUAAAACUGUGGCACCAUUUUGUUAGGACCGAUUUAUAAGUUAAUAGGUCAUUCUGCCGUAUAUAUUCUGGAUUUGUGACUUUACCGAAAUAUGAGACUGGAAGUGCCUCAUACCUUGGUGAAGUCGUGGGCGCUGUUCUCAGAGUUGUCAGAAACGCCUACAAAAUGGCGGUACACUUUAAUCAGGGCUUUGAAUUGGUAGGGGUGAUGAGAUGAUUGAGCUGCAGUCUUGACAUAGGCCUAAGUACCAUAUUAUAGGUUUUUUUUUUGUUUGUUUUUGUCUGUUUUUUUUCCCCUCAUUUGAAAUUCCUGUUUUCUCGCCAUCGGCAUGGGCCCUGCUCAGUCUCAUGUGUUACAUUUGCAAAGAAACACAUUUUGUCACUUUUUUUUGGUUAUUUUGUUGUUGUGUUGUACGUCAUGUUUAAUUAAUACAAAACUUUACUUAGACCAAGAAACGUUGUCAUAUAUUUGCUUUAUAUUUGUCGCGAUGCCUGCCAUCAUCAGUAGAACCCACAAAGUAGUAUCAACUUUAAAACUGUGCAGCAAGUGGGAAAAAAAUCUGUGUGAUAAGUCCACAGUCCUCUUCCUCCAGAGCUUACAGGGGUUUUCCAGGCUCCUGAUAUUGAUGACCUAUCCUCAGGAUAACUCCUUAAUAUCCGAUCUGUGAGAGUCCGACACCGUACACCCCCACCGAGCAGCAGCAGCUUCCUGCAGCCUCCAGGAAACUAGCCGACUGAAGGAAACAGGAAGCAGACCGCUCCAUUCAAAGUGUGGUAGCUGUGCAGGGAAGCUUCCUUAAAAGUGAUGAUGAUGAUGACCUAUCCUCAGGAUAUGUCAUCAAUUUCUUUCACCCGGCACCCUAGCCGCUCAGCUGUUUGAAGAGGAGGCGGUGCUCGUGUGAGUGCUACUCCCUCUUCAGUAUUACACUGCGUGUCGUCCCGGAAAGCUCUGCGGCGCAGCGUAAUUCACUUGAAUUGAACAAGCGCUUGUAAUUAAACUGUGCUGUCGUGGCAAGCGAGACAACACGUAGUGUAAUGUUGAAGAGGAAGUAGCGCUCGCAUGAGUACCAUCUCCUCUUCAAACAGCUGAUCGACUGAGUGCAGGGAGACCUCUGCCGAUCAGAUAUUGUUGACCUAUCCUGCAGAUCGGUCAGCGGGGACUGCGGGGUGUCAGACCCCCCCACGAUCAAAUAUUAAUAACGCAUCCUAAACAUAGGUCGUCAAUAUCAGGAGCUUGGAAAAUCUCUUUAAAGGGGUUUCCUGGGUUCAGGAUAUUGCUAGCUUAUGAGAGUAGAGUCCGACUCUCCGCACCCUUGCUAAUCAACUGUUUGAAGAGGCCUCGGAUGUGCGAGCAUUGUCUACUUUGUAGUAAUGGUGCUGGGUAUUGCAGCUUCGUUCCAUUCAACUGAAUGGGAAGAAAGUACAAUACCGAGAACUACCACUGAGAAGUGUAAGACAUUCAGGUGGACAGACCGCUGUAAAAUGAGGAGGCCAUAUUCAGAAUCCUGAAACCCCCUUUAAUAAUUCCAUAGAGCUAAAUAUUUUUAUUUUAUCUUAACCUUUGGUUUUUAAGGUGCCACCUGGAACCGAACCAGAGUUCGGUAGCAAGGUUUUUUACAGUAGAAAUUAAUUUACGAAGUUAUUACCCGAAGUAUCGCAAGACUUCGCAAAGUAAUAACUUUGGCUCAUCUGAGCCAAUACAUUUUAAUACUGUAGGGAGCGCUCACUCUGAACAGUCUUCAAAAGACAUUUUAUUAGGAACUAGCCCAUU